UGAUACUUUAAAUUAUAUUAUUAAUACAGAUUUAUGUAAACUUAUUGAGUGGCCACUGUUUGACGCCGAGACGCGGCCACUGUUUCGCAAUCAUAGCGGACGACGUGUUAAAUGUCGAUCAUCUGAUGUGCAGUUAUUUCAAGUUAAACGGAUCCACAAAACGAUGGUCAGCAUUGACUACUUGGCUACCGAAAAACCAAAGCCAGAGUGCUAUAUAUUUGAAUUGAAACGCAAGAGAGGAAUGGACUCAAAAGUAUUUUAUGGAUCAAAGAUAGGUCCCAUUAAUAACUACUUCAAUGUGACCACCGAUACUGAUGCCGUCCGUGUUGAGUGUUAUCGGAAGACAACUAAAAAAUUGUCGAAAAAAGCUCAGACAGAGAUAGCCGUCAAAUACAAAGUGUUUGACCAAAUUGUACCAUUGAUUCCGGCCCGCAGUCUAAACACAAAAAACUCGGGAACAGUACGUCAAGACAUACCUAAUGUACUUAUGUUGGGCAUAGACUCGAUCUCUUGGCUCAACUUUAAACGACAUUUUAGUCUCACGAAAACGUUGGCCGAACGCUACGGGUUUUAUCCAAUAUAUGGCUAUAAUAAGAUCGGUGACAAUACUUUCCCAAAUUUGAUGGCUAUAUUAACCGGUAAUUUCUAUGAUCACUAUUGGAAUGAAUCCAUGAGAGACACCAAAUAUUUUGAUGACUUGCCAUUCAUAUGGAAAGAGUUUGCCAAACAAAAUCUGAUGACCGCUUUCAUUGAGGACUUACCGCGAUAUUCACUGUUUAACUUUAACCGCAAAGGUUUUAUUGACGCGCCUACCGAUUACUAUCUGAGACCGAUCUCAUUGGCUAUUAAUCAACAGCUUAAGAGAUACUGCUAUAAAAAUCAGAUGGAGAUUGAGUUUUACUAUAAUUAUACCUACGAUUUGAUCAAUGCUUUGACACAACGGCAACAAAAUUAUUUUGCUUUUAUAUUUAUGGCACAUCUGACUCAUAAUAACGCUAAUUAUGCCGGUUAUGCUGAUCUACCACUAUAUGCAUUACUACAUAAGCUAUUUGAUCAAAACCUAAUGGAAAACACAAUUUUGUUUUUGUUUUCCGAUCACGGCAUCAGAUUUGGCAAAAUAAGAUCAACGGCAUCGGGAAUGCUAGAGGAAAGGUUACCGUUUCUCUACGUUUACAUACCUGAGCACUACAAGACCACUAGUAUUGAUCACAAUCUGGUGGUCAACUCACAUCGACUCACUUCACCGUUUGAUAUUUAUGCCACACUAAUGCAUAUCACCAGAGGCAAACCUAUACCCAAUCUAAGUCACGGUCGUUCAUUAUUUGAUGAGAUCCCAAUGAAUAGGAGCUGUCAAAGUGAACAAAUAUCGGAACACUGGUGUACAUGUACUCAACGUAACCAACUGUCCACUUAUGGCAACAUUACAUAUAUCGGAAAUUUUAUUGUUAGCGAAGUAAACCGACUUUUGAAACCAGUGGCCAAACGGUGUCAUAAAUUGUGGUUAAAUAAGAUUCAUUUGGCCUACGAGUCGCCAAUAGCUGAUAAAAAGCCAUAUGAGAGGCAGUACUUGCUAAGAGUCAGUGUUGAGCCCAGUUAUGCUAUAUUUGAAGCCACUGUACGCAAAAUGUUUGGCAAAUUGCGAGUAAUGGGUGAUAUAUCCCGCAUCAAUAAGUAUGGCACACAAUCCCAGUGUAUAGAUAACUCGUAUCUACAAAAAUAUUGUUUUUGUUAG